CCAUGUGUGCGUCCAAGACGUACGGUUAUCAAGGAUUUAAGUCGUUCGCGGUGCAGCAAUGUCCGACGCUCAAACCGGGCGAGACGUACGAGCAGCGUGCCACCAAGUUCUCGUCAAUGGGCUCGCGUAUAAUUUCCUCACCAACCAUGAAUCGCAUGGGAAGGAACGCACACGAGUCUGUGGCCAUGCAGACUGGCCAGCUAGUGCAACCAGAGGACUACCGAGUGCCUGAUCGUCGUGGUGUGAGUGUGAACCAGAAGCAGCCAAACUCAAAGCCGUUCAUCGCGAACACGACGUACCUACACGACUUCCCGCCAUUUGGUGACGAUUGCCGACGAGCUCUUCAAGUGACGCUGGGAGACUACGAAACAGCUUUCGUGGCCGUAGCGAAGAAGAACAACCAGCACGACGGAACGAUGAUCCAGUUGCUUCAAGUAUCGGAGGUUCUUAAACUCGCGCUUGGUGACGCUGCUGCUCCUCGUGUAAUCGACCUAUUCCACAGCUACCUGGAUCGUGGUGGGAGCAGCCGCGACCGGAUCUCGUGGGCUCUAUUCUGUCAGGCUGUAGACCAUGUGAAUAGUCUGUUUGAUCACGAGCUGCACCACGGCAAGACGUUACCCUCGAGUAUCAAGACGUGGGGCACCAUGACUUUCACCGAGAAGCAGUUCAACGAGUAUCUUGUGCACUCUUCGACACCAGCUAGCAGCCACCAAAAAGACUUUGGCACCUAUGGAGACAACCCCCUUGACCGACCUUACAUGCGAAAGCGAGGAAUGGCGUCAACCACAGCAGACUUGAACCCAGCAGCCACUCGUGUCACCAACCAGAUUCCUGGCUACGGCGGCUUCUUACCGCUGGAAUCCCACAGAACAGAGGCGCAGACGAACGAUAAAGACCUGCGGCCAACUCCACGUAUUGAGCUUCGACUUUACCACAGUGAAAACAUCCCAGGCUACACCGGACACAAGCCAGUGGACUGCGCGAACUACCGAGGAGAGUGCCGUGCUGGAAGUGACCUUGACACAACAACAGGAGACAGUUACAAGCCACACAAGUAGGUUGAGUGUAGUAUUGCUACGUUUAAUCUGGCGUAUCACGCCGUAGUAGGAGGCACAUACCCCAACAACUCGCUAAUAAACAUCUUGCCAUUA